GUGACUAUCGAGAAACAUACGAGGAAGAGAACAGCUCGCCACAUAACAACAUCCAGUCCCACUCGGAGAUUAAUUGCGGGAGACACCAGAAAAGUGUGUGCUCCGUUCUGGCCUGGACUACUGUGUGGCUGUCCGUAUCUGGAAUAUACAUUCCCUUCCUCCGGUACUCCAGAGAUCACAAUGGCAACAAUCGUCAUGGAGCGGAUUGGCCGGCUCUUCAUUAAUCUGCAGCAGGUGGGGCGAGUUCCCCAGAUGCUCACCGAGGCCUUACCCUCCACGGCCGACACCCUGCGUGACACGGAGGUGCCCUGGUUUUUCCGUGGACACUACAUUCACUCUGGCUACCGGCCGCUGCACCAGAACUGGCGCUACUACUUCCUGUCGCUCUUACAGCGGCACAACGAGACCGUUAACGUUUGGACGCACCUAAUCGGCACGCUAGUGGUCCUCGCGAAAACCGCACGGCUUACAGAAACCGUCGAUUUCAUGAACGACCCUCAUUCCUGGCCGCUUCUCAUCCUGCUCUUGUCCUCAGCGAGCUACUUGACCUUCAGCACCGUGGCCCACCUGUUGGCAGCCAGAUCUGAACUCUGCCAUUACGGCUUCUUCUACCUGGAUUACGUGGGAGUGGCGCUGUAUCAGUAUGGCAGUGCAGUGGCGCACUACUACUACGCCAUUGAGGAAAGCUGGCAUGCAUGUGUACGAGGAUGUUUCAUGCCUAUUGCUAGCUUCUUGUGCUGCCUGUCUUGCUUCGGCUGCUGUUACGGGAAGUAUCGCAAUUACAGUCUUCCUUCCUGGGUUCGUAAUGUAGGCCAAGUUGUGCCUUCAGCUGUCGCUUACGGUUGGGACACCAGCCCAGUGUUUCAUCGCUUUAUCGUCUGGUUUUUGUCCUCGACGAGGGGCGACUUCAGAAGCAGUCCUGCUCUGCUCUUUCACUUCGGCCAAGUGGUGUUUUUUCUUUCCAGUGCUUUUUUCUUCACCCAGCCUGUUCCAGAGCGCUGGUUCCCAGGUCACUGUGACUUCUUAGGUCAGGGUCAUCAGGUAUUCCACGUACUAAUGGUUUUGUGUACAGUCUGCCAGAUCCAGGCUUCAUAUUUGGACUACCUCAACCGCAGAGACCUCUAUGUGAAACUCAAUGCUGAUGGCGAGGCAUUGUUCUUUGUUACGCUCUUUAUUUUAACACUCAUCACCUCUACUAUGAUAGCAUUGUAUAUGUUUGCGAAAGUAAAAAGAUUAGUCAGUUACAAGGAAAAACUAAGUAAAGAAUAGAAUAGUUUGUCCUGCACCUUGAUCCUGGAUGGUCUGCAUCUGGUCACGCUUUUAGGGAGCGUUACAGUUAUGGGCAUUUUUUCUGAUGAAAUGAUGUAUUCAAGCCCAUGUAGCUAACAGUACUUCUGCAUGUUUCUGGAUCAGUAUUCUUGUUGGUCACUGUUACUAUCAACGAAUUCGAUUUUACAGUGUUAGGUUAGGGAUCAGGUUAUGGGUAUGUUUGUUUUACACGUGCUGUUCAAGAACUGAACUUUGAGCGAAUGCAUUUAACUGAGCAUUUGUGUUAGUAUUCUUGAAUGUAUUUUGAAUUAAGUGCUUUUGUUAAAGUGAUACUUCACCCAAAAAUUUUUAUUGUGUCAUCAUUUGCUCAGCCUCAAUGACUUUCUUUGUUCUAAAGAGCAAAAAAAAAAAAACUUAGUUGUUUUGAGGAAUGUUGGUAACCAAACAGUUUUGACCAUUGGCUUUUGUUUCCACAGAAGAAAGUCAGUCAUACAGGCUUGAAAAGAGAUGAGGGUGAGUAAACGAAGACAGGGGGAACUAUCCUUUAAUAUUGGUCUUGUGAGGUACUUCUGUUACACACCAGCCAGCAAGAAAACAUUAAUGAAGCCAGAAUACAGUAUUUGAAAAAUAAUUUUCAUGUUUACUUUUUUGUCCUGAAGUAUGUAAAUUCUAAGUAGCAGAUUUUGUUAUGAAUGCUGUCUUUUUUUAAAUGUUAGAACACAAUGUUAUAAUAUCGAUCAUCAUAACAAUCUGUCUAAAUUUCUCAGUGAUUUUUUUUUUUUUUUUGGUGACGUAUAAAGAGGGACAGUAUUACCAAUGCAGUUAUCAUCACUGCUGUGCCUUAAUGAGCAUUUAAGAUGAACCUCAAUGAUUCUCAUCACACAUUAUAUGUAACUGAUAACAAACAAUAGCACUAUAUUAUUCAGAUUGCUUGCAUUUGAAUGGACAGUGUACUGAUUUUUUUUUUUUUUUUUAUCAUUAUUGCACUUGACGGUUACAAUUAUUGCACAAACCAGUGCCUACUUACAGUAUAAACCAGGGUCAUAUAUCUGGAUAUUAAAGGUAAAGGCAAUCCAGAUGCACAUUUAUGUUUUCACAAGUUUUCUCCUUUCUAGUGUUGCUACGUUUACCUUUUAUGUAAAAGGGACACCCAGCAAUUAGGAUGCUUAAUUAAUGCACUAAAUAAUGUUCCACAGUGUAUAAUUGCCUACUAGUGCUUAAAUAGUAUGUUAAUUAGAAUGUAAUUUUUGAAAAUAAACAUUUAAAACCAA